AUGAAAGCACUGAAAGCUAUCGUUUGGAGACUCCCCAAGAUGCCGAAAGUCAAAAUUGCGAAAUCUUACGAAGUCGCUAAAAUCACGGCAAUAUUAACGCUAGUAGGAUUUAUAAUGGGUCUUGAAGUGCCGUCAUUAGCAACUUUUCUCACAAACAAAACAUUCAACGAAUAUUUCAGGUAUCCAACGCCAUUACAACAAGGUUUACUCAUGGGGUCCACUCCCCUGGGUGGUAUCAUAGGAUGUUUGAUCUACUGCGCGAUGAAUGAUAGGUUCAGUAGAAUUUACCAAUUUCAAACGGGAAUAAUAAUUUGGAAUGUGGUUACAUUGCUGAAUUUCUUUAUUUGGAACAUAUUGGGUUUACUGAUUUGUCGUAUGAUCAAGGGUAUGAUACUUGGAAAUUUUUCAAUUUUGGUAGCUUCCUACGCCAAUGAAGUUAUUCCUCGCGGCAAACGUGGCAGUACAAUGAGUUACAUUCAGUUGUGUUUAACUGCCGGAAUUCUUGUUAUGCAUUAUUUGUGCAUUGCACUGAGUUUAUGGGAUUCUCAUUUUGCGUUCCGUAUAGCAUGGUGCAUAGGGAUUGUUCCUGGAAUAGUGUUCUGGGUGGCUAGUUGUGCUCUACCUGAAUCUUAUCAUUGGCUAGUAUUGCACGGAGAGAUGAGUAAGGCUCAGGAAAUUCAGCACAAUUUAGCCAAAAAGUUCAAUGAAAGCCAACCAAGAGAUGCAGUUCCUGAAAUGAGUAAGAUUGAAUUAGCAGGAGAUUUUUGGAUUGGAGUUAACGAUUUGAAUUUUUCCAAAAAAUUACCUCGGGGUUCGUUGAAGCCUUUGAUUCUUGGAAUGACUUUACAGUUAUUGAUUCAAUUUAGUGGCAUUAAUAUCAUCCUUGGUUACAUCACAUAUAUUUGCGAAAUUGUGGGGCUUGAGGGCAAUGUGAAACUCUUUACAAGUUCCAUACCAUAUUUCAUUAACAUGGUUUUGAGCUUGUUGCCUAUCACAUUCAUUGACUACACAAGUAGGAAACUGAUCACCCUGUUGGGCGGUUUCCCCAUUAGUGGGUUGCUAAUUACAAUCGGCGUGUUAUUUGUCAAAUAUGGCCAAGAUACCACGCCGAUCGAUGGUAAUAAAAGUUUAGUUUGGUCAAUUGGAGAAAACCCAUUUGUGGGAGGGUGGAUUUUGACUCUAUGCUUUCUAAUUGUUGGAAUAUUUGCGAUGAGUCUUUCUAGUAUACCAUGGAUUUACACGAAUGAAAUGUUACCGUCGCGGGUAAAAGUUAAAGGGUUUGCUAUAUGUGUGACGUUUGGAUGGUUGGGUAACUUCAUAUUAACGUUUCUCUGCCCCGUGAUGAUUGAAACAUUGAAAGGCACAACGUUUAUAAUAUUUGGAUCUUUAACGUUUAUCAUAUCACUUAUCGUUUUGGUUUGGUUCCCAGAGACAAAGGGCAUGAGUAUGGAAGACAUCGAUAAAUUUUUUGAAUUUGAAAACAAAGAAAACACCAAUUUGCAUGAGGAAAAGAGUAUCAAGACACCAAAUUCGAAUUUCAAUAUGGGUUCUACAAGGUCUUCUGAAGAAGGAGAAUUGCACAAACCAAUAAAAUUAAAAAGCGACGAAGAGAUGAUUAUAUGA